UGUUUAAAUUUUUUUUUUUUCAUUAAGGAAUUUUCUAAAAAGAAAACAAGAUUGUUGAUGUCUGCUUGUCUGUAGAAUCGUAUUGAUGACAAAAUCAUUCUUGUGGAAAAAAGUAUAGCUUUCUAGCGAGACUAACAUGUCAGAUUCUAACACCAUCGAUUUCUUAUUGAUUGGUAAAACUGGAAAUGGAAAAAGUUCAACUGGAAACUCUAUACUUUUACGCGACGACAGUUUUGCUUCAAGUGGCUCUGCUAGUUCUGUAACAAGUACCAUUAAAGAAGAAUUUAGUGAAUAUAAAGGUCGUAUUAUAAAAGUUGUGGACAGUCCUGGAAUAGGCGAUACAAGAUGUGAUACACAAGAUGCAAGAAAGAUGGUGACAACAGCUUUGAAAAAAGCAAUGUUUAUUAAUUCUAGAGGUUACCAUGCUUUUCUUAUAGUAAUCAAAUAUGGGUGUAGAUUUACUGGUGAGGAGCAAGGAACUAUAAAAUUUUUAAAAUCUUUUUUUGGUGAGAACUUUGUAAAAGAUUUCUGUAUUAUUGUUAUGACGAACGGCGAUUCUUUUAAGAGAGAUAAUAGAAAGUCAGGUAAAACAUUUGAGACCUGGUGUAGUGAACAAACUGGCGAAAUAAAAGAAUUAUUGGAUGAGUGCGAAAAAAGAAUUGUUUUAUUCGAUAACUAUUUGGAUGAUACAUUUAAUAAAGAACAGCAAGUCGAUAAACUUUUGGAUGUUGUAGACAAAUUAAAAGCUGGUGGAAAACGUUAUGUGGACUCCAAUUUUGAAGAAGCUAAAGAAACACGCAAACGUGCUAAAAUAGAAUCACAACAUUGCAUCAUAAAUGAGAAAACUAAACAAGAAACAAGUUUAAUCUUUCAGAAACUAGAACAGAUUCAAGAACUUAAGAACGGGGAUAAAAAAAUGAAAGAAUUGCUGCAGUUAAAAGAAAGGUGUUCUAAACUAUUAGAUGAAACAAAACUCAAAGAUAAAGGCACAAACGUACUUCAAGAUAUCAUAAGUGCCAUAACAUCACAGAAAAAAAUAGUUACAAAAGAAAUAGAAAACAUACAAAAAGAAGAGAGAGACAGAGAAGAACUUGCAAAAAGAAAUGAAGAAAACAGGAAGAAAGAGGAAGAAGACAGGGAAAGAUUGCGAAUGGAGCUUGAAAAACUGUCAAUGGAAGAAAGACUGAAAUGUGAACAAGAAAUGAAACAGAAACUAGAAGAGAAACUAGAAAAGAAAAAGAAAAAAAUGAAAAAAAAAGAAGCGAAAAACAAAGAAAAAGCUGAAAAAGAACGUGAACAAUUACAACUAGAGAAAGAAGAAGCGCAAAGACUUUACAAAGAAGCUACAGAAAAAAGUCAAGAAGGUUUGAUAUCUAAAGCUAUUAACUGGAUUAGCAACUGGUUCAAAAAAAAAUAAGAGAAUGUUACAUUUAAAAAAUCAAAAAGUUGUUGAAACUAUCCGAUAUAUAUUAAAAAGAAAAUAAAUGCUGGUACUCAGUGAUUCAAUUUGAACAAAUUAAUAAUAUAAUUAUUUAAUAAUAAAUGUUAAAAUACAAAAAAAUGUAAUACUUUUUCCCCACAUUAAAAAAAAGUUCCGGUACUGUACUGUGGUGUCACUACGGGGGGUUGAGGAAUGCGAUUCACACCGUGCGACGCCCUUUAGGGGGUGACACCCGAAUAGAAAAAUAUUAUAAUUAGCAAAUCUAGCAAAUAAAACCCGAAUGGAAAAAUUGAAUAUCGUCAAAAACUAGCAAAUUAAACAAAAAAUCUCUAGAUAUAUACCCAAAUAUGCCUAGGCAUAUCUACUGUACUAAUAUGGAUGUAGCGUAGCUUGCAGGCCGCACGGGCAUAAAGUGGUGGAGACAUCAAACUCAGGACAAACUUUCUCAGUAAAAGUACACAUUGUAAUUUUCUAAUUACAUAAAUAAGUUUUCAUCAUGUUCUGACUAAAUUCAAAAAUCAGAAUGGAAUAGUGGUUAUAGUGCUGGCACAAUUUCCAAAAAGCCGUGGAGUCUGGGAGCGCAUGAGGCGCCCUUACCGUACUUUCCAGUGGUGGAGGCUGUCCAGGCCUGAGCAAGCUAUUAUAGCACAGUGCAGGACAGGCCACUGUCCUGUUGGCUCAUAUUUCUCACGCUAUGGCCAAAUUUCGAUUCACGGUGCCCCCGCUGCGGGGAAGAAGAGAAAACCGUGCCUCAUACUCUGUUUGAUGGAGUUUGAUGAUGAUGUUGAUGAUGUUGAUUAAAUAAAUAAAAACAAAAGCAUAUAUUUCUUUUAGUAAUUUUUUUAUCCUAUUUUACUAUAAUUUCUUGAAUAAGAUUCAAUGUAAGCUGUACAUCAUCAUCAUCAAAUGUUAUGUGAAGCCAUGAUGACAGUGUUGAUAUUGGGGGGCCAUGGUCCGGGGCUUUGCAAAGCCUGUAGUACAGAUUUUAAGUCAGUGACCACAACAAUCUGUGUUGCCCUCAAAUGUCUCUCGCCGAGUUAAGAGUCAAUGACUUUUAAGGCUUCACAGACUGCCAUGGUCUCCGCAUCAAAACUGCAAACACUACCACAUGGUCCAAAG